AUGCCGCCCCUCAUUGCUUCCACAUCACGAACGAUUCCGGCACCUUGGCGGAGCCCCUGUUGGCUGCUCGUCACCCUCGGCCCCCUGAAUCUGUGAGCGCCAUGCUUGAACAGCUUACCCACUCCCUUUCUGCGGUGUGCCAAAAGACAGGCAAAGACAUCCCAAGCAAGGAAAACGCCAUCUCUACUCGGCUGCAAAGUGACAGCCAGCUACGAUCCUCGAAUGAGCUUGAACGAUCGCAAAUGCAGCUCGCGUCGUCGUGACGUGCCACGUCGAGAGAGAUCUGCGAGGAUGUUGAGCUGCAGCAACGGAUCCCCGUUCUCCCGCACAGCAAGCGGCACUCACAACACCCACUCCUCCGAGCGCACAGACCGCCAACGAUCUCGCAGCAACUCCCAUCAUCACGCAUCGGACCUUGCCCAUGCACACGCAUUUGCACGCCACUACCUUGCCCCUUUCGGUCAGGCGCCCAGGCCUCUCAGAUCGGCACCUCCAUCUGCGUCUGCAUCCACACCAUCACUUGCAGAGAGUCAACACGCUUCUCGAGAUGCAACAGCAGGCGCAUUGGUGGCAGCGGCAGCGAAUACGGAUGCAUCUAGACGACCUGGAUCUAAGCUUGCGCACGCUGCAAAGAACGCGAUAAGGAGACUAUCCAGCUCUUCUUCUUUGAACAGCUCUCCCCUUGACAGUCGCAGAACCAGCGAAGCAAGAUCCUCAACGGCAAAUUUGCCAGCAGAGUCCAAGUCGUCUCCCAGCCUGAGCCAAAAGCAAGCAUCGAGCGACCGGAUUUCUGAUGCGUACAGCGAUCCAAGCGUCUCCCGUAGAAGUUCGUCCACAUCGCUCAGCUCAUCGGCACUGGCCACGCUGAACAAUGCAGCACUUCCCAAAGGUCAAACCUUUGCGUGGCAUCUCGGAUCAGAUGACGAAGAUGCGCUCGAAGAGCUCAAUGAUGAUGGAAUGUAUUAUCACGAUGGCUUUCCACAAAGACCUGCUUCUUCCAGCAGAUCUGGAUUAGGAAUCAUCGAGGCACAUAGACUAGGAGGAAGAUCGCUCGACACCAGAGGGCAUGCAGCGGUGGCAAACAACUCUUCGCAGCAGCUCUCUGAGGACGCUACGCCCUUUCCACCUCCGUCGGCUACGACAGAGGCGACGCUGCACCUGGCUAGUCUAAGUCCCUAUCCUUACCAACUCAUCUCUUUGGCCUACGCCUACGCCAGUCAUUCUCACAGCUCGACAGAUGCGCCUCGUGCUUGUGUGCGAAACUCUUCCUCGGCUCAGUCGCUCCGAUCGCUGGCCAAUCAUCUCUCUGCCGUGUCUCUUUCGGCUUCAGCACCGAUCCCAUCGCCCACUUCAUCGCCUACCCCCAGAAAGAAGGCACGAGCGCCCACAAAGGUGUUGGACUUGGGCUGCGGAGCAGGUGUGCUCUCCCUCUUCGCGUCUUCCUGGCCCAGCGUUCGAGCUCUGAUUGCUCGAGAUCCAGAUUCGGCCGCCAUAGACCUAGCGCGAGCUUCUCGAGAAUUGAGCGACGCGCAACGUCGCUUCUUGGGAUUUCCUCCUUGUAGCACACAGAAUAUAUGCUAUAAAGAUGCCGACGAUGGGAACGGAAGGCGGGCAAAGGGACGUAGACAGGGCGAUAAUGAGACCGCAAAUGUGGUUCUGGGAUGGAGCGAGAAAGAGGGAUGUAUGCUCGAUUGGGACAUUUCGUGAGUGGAUUGUCGUGAUCUCAGCCUGCCUCGGAGGUGCGAGGCUGCAUCUCUUCUUACUGGGUUCCCUUCAAUGCUGCUGGUUGGACGGUCGCAGCGUGGGCACAGCAGAACGACCUCGUGUGCCGCUGGAGCUUGUUGGCAAGCUCGAUGUGAUUAUGCUCGGAUCGAGCGCACAUUUGCUCGACUGGGGCGAAAAUGUUCAGACGGAUGUUGAAGCUGCAAACGA